AUGUCGAAUUCAGUCAACGUGAUCAAUCGUAGUAGCAAGCCCACAAGAAUAGGCUUUUUUAAAAAUCGUGGUCCUUAUCAACCAUCAUUCGAUGCUGAAAAGGUCAUUGAGCUCAAACCACAUACCAGCCAAUUAGUAAAACUAGAACAAGGUUGGGAAGGUCGCAUUCAAAAACUCUCCGGUGCCGCUAAGGAUCCUGCAACAUGGGCUGAAAUCCAUUUUAACGCCUGGAAAAAUAUGACAUUUGCCGAUAUCAGUCUAAUUCGAGGAUACAAUGGUUCAAUGCUCUUUACAAGUAACGAUGACACACUGCGCACUGGUAUGACGGACGAUCUGUGGGCAGAGGCACCGGAAAAAUUCAAGGCAAAAGAUUCUAAAGGCAACAACGUACUAGCUCCAACUGAACCAUACACGGGUGGACGGAACGAGGAAUUGGUUGCUUACUAUCGACGAAGAGUAACUAAUGGAAACGCAUAUCUUAUUCCGGAUGAUCAUGCUAGCUCACAUGGAACGCAAGAUAUCCAUAUUAAUCUUGAACUGUACGAUAUUCCCAAUGAAAGCACUGGCAUCGGCAACCGAAACAUCUCGACCAGAGUUAUUGCCCUUCGCUCUAAUGCCAACGGCAAAUUUGUGUGUGCUGAGAAUGCUGGAAAGAAUUCUUUAAUUGCCAAUCGUGUUGCUGUUUCUAGUUGGGAAACAUUUAAUCUCAUAUUCCUCAAUGGAAAAAAUGUUGCUCUAAAAUCAUGUGCCAAUGGAAAGUAUGUUUGUGCCGAAAAUGCAGGUGAUGGUCCUUUGAUCGCCAAUCGUUCUCAAAUCAGUUUAUGGGAAACUUUUCGACUGAUUGAUCGUGGUAAUGGAAAAGUAGCUUUAGUUGCAGUCAAUGGAAAAUAUGUCUGUGCUGAUAAUUAUGGCAAUAGUGAAUUAAUUGCUAAUCGAACAAGUGUGGAAAGCUGGGAGACUUUCGAUCUCGUUCAGCAAUAA